AAUCGCGAACUCACAUAAAGAUACGUGCUCGUCGUUUUCGGGCUGCACAUCACCCCUCUCACCAACAGCAGGCGCGGCCGGCACCGCGUCUUUCGAAGCCUGAUCCUCUCCUUACAUUACUACUCGACUAUCCGACCUGCUCAUUGCUUGCCAUGGCCGCCGCAGCUCAGCUGGCUCCAGUUGUCACGCCGUCGUUGUCGCCGCUGGACAUUGAUGCGCUCCGUUCUCUACAUCCGGUGCAUAUAAUAUACAAUAGCGGGCCGAUCUACACAGGCCACAUACCUCUUCAACCACUACCAGGUGAAUCUCCGCCGGGACACAUCCACCAAGCAGACAACACCAGUCCGCCAGCGGCUCCUGGCGCGCUCCCGCGGCGGCGUCCCGCUGCUCCUGCCGCUCCUGCCGCUCCAGCGCCACCCGAGCCGCCCCAACCUGUACCGCCGGUCCCUCCCCAGCCUGCCCCACUCGCGAACCCGCCACAUAAUCUCGAUCCUCCCGUACCACUUCAUCCUUUGUUGUACGACGGAUCUCUUACCUGGGACGCACGCCACGACGUUGUUCAUGCCCGCGUCCGACACGAGAUGGUCGGAGCUUUAUACCGUCCCGACCUCGACGUUGAGGCCACUCUCAUUCACAGCGCCAGUUUACGCAUCGCAUACUAUUGCUGCCCACCGGGUAACCGUCCGGAGCCCUUUCCCGAGCAUUGGGGCCCCAUCGACGUUUAUCCCACUGCGAGGCGAACGGGGCAAGGGCAGUGGUCCGAGUUGCGCGGCGGCUUCGUCGUGUGGCAAUGGCACACGGAACCUCACCCCGGAAGGCUCACUGUUGGCACGGUCCUAAGAGCGAUAUACCGUUACUUGAGGAUGCCUGUCGAAGGCGGGCGUAGUCGGAUUGAUUAUCUGCACGCAUCAUUGUUUGCAGGAAUUUCUGCAACGGAGGACGGCGACCUGAUCAUUUCUUAUACGUACCAACCACUACGCAUGUUUGUUGCGCUGGUCGCCUUAUUUAUUUUUAUCUAUUGCAGUUGAUCCCUAGCGCAAGCUCGGGCGUCAUAUAUCCCGCUGUAUAGUUGCAUGUGGAAAACCUGCGAAGUUUGGUCAGUGAAGAGGCGAAGAAUCGUUGAUGAGGAUCCUUAAAAAUACUUGAGCCUUAGUAGUGCGCAGAUACGCCACAAAGCCACACAUAUGUUAGUAAAGGUGCGCGAAAAGGAGAUAGCCCGCUGCCAUGCAUAUAAACUGCAAGAUCUCAUCCUCAUGGACUAUGAUUCGAAGAUGUGUCGUGCGCGUCAACACGAUAAUGCCGAGGACGGGAUUCAGGAGUGUCUUCCCACACAC